AUGGGGAAGGGCAUUGCGGGUUGGGAACAGUUCAGUCAUGUCCAAAGGUCACACCGUAUUGAGGAAGUUCCUGAACUUCCUUUGGUGGUGGAGGAUAAAGUUGAAGGCUAUAAGAAGACCAAGGAGGCUGUGUUGCUACUUAAGAAACUUAAAGCCUGGAAUGACAUCAAGAAGGUCUAUGCCUCUCAGCGAAUGAGGGCUGGCAAGGGUAAAAUGAGAAACCGCCAUCGCAUCCAGUGCAGGGGACCCUGCAUCAUCUAUAAUGAAGAUAAUGGGAUCAUUAAGGCCUUCAGGAACAUCCCUGGAAUCACUCUGCUUAAUGUAAGCAAAUUGAACAUUUUGAAGCUUGCUCCUGGUGGGCACGUGGGGCGCUUCUGCAUUUGGACUGAAGGUGCUUUCAGGAAGCUCGAUGAGUUGUAUGGCACUUGGCGCAAAGCUGCUUCCCUCAAGAGUGACUAUAGCCUGCCAGUGCCCAAGAUGAUGAGCACAGACCUUGGCAGAAUCUUGAAAAGCCCAGAGAUCCAAAGAGCUCUCCGAGCCCCAUGCAAGAAGAUCCACCGCGGAGUCCUGAAGAAGAGCCCUCUAAAGAACCUAUGCAUCAUGUUGAAGCUGAACCCCUAUGCCAAGACCAAGCGCCGGAACACCUUUCUUUGCCAGGCCAGGAACCACAAAAUCCAGGUGCAGAAAGCCAUGGCGUCGGCGCCCAAGUCAGGUGAGAAGGGAGCAGCAGUGAGGACGAGUGCGGGCCAGAAGCCUGCGCAGGGGAAGAAAGGAAACCUGCCCACAGAAGCCAAGAAGCCGAAGAAGCCGAAGAAGCCAGCUGGAAAAAAGGCUGCAGCUACCAAGGUCCCAGCAGAGAAGAAAGCUGCAGAAGAGAAGCCUGCUGCAUAAAGCUCUGCUCCCUAGGGUCAAAUAGAGACCCAUCUGAAUAAAGACCUAUCUUUGGA